AUGUUCAACCUGCCACUUGCCCAGCAGCUCCAGCACUUGCACCAGACGCAGCAGCAGCUGCAGCAGCAGCUGCUUCAGCAGCAACAGCAGCAGCAGCAACAGCAGCCGCCGCCGCAGAAUAAUCAUCACCGGCAGCAACAGCUGCAGUUUCAGCAAUUUCAAAUGCAGCAGAAGCUGCAGCAGAAUCAACAGCAGCUUUUGCAGCAGUUGCAGCAGCAGCCGCAGCAACACCAACAGCUGCUACACCAGCUGGAGCAGCAACAGCAACAGCAGCAACUGCUCUCUCAACAGCAACAGCUGCUGCAACAACAGCGAGGCGGUAGAGGCCGUGGCGGAGGUAGCAGAGGCAGCGGCGCCAGCAGCAGUAGGCAGAAAAGGAAGUCGCCUUCUGCUGCAGACGCCUGGAGUGCAGCAGCAACAUCGGCUGCAGCGCCUGCUUCGGUGGGCCCCCCGCUCCAGCAUCAAGGCGUGCCUCCUCACUUGCUGCUGCAACAGCAGCAAGUGCCUCCCAGCUCGGCUGCUCCUGACAGGGAACAGCCGAUGCCGCCCGUGCAGCUGUAA